GAGUCUCUUCCGUGUUUUGCUGUCUCAAAUUUACGUAUUGGUAUGUGCAUGGAAUAUCAAUUAUGACCGAGAAAAGAAAAGAGGUCACGAAAAAGGCGGACGAUCAUCGAUCCAACACUGAGGAUGGCAUCAAAACGCGCCCUUCCAAACCAAUCAAACGUAUCGAUGAAGAUCGGGGAAGCUUUUUCGAUUUACGUACAACGACGGGACAGAUUCUGUUCAUCACCGUGACCGUCACCGCUGUGACUUUGGUGCAAUGUCUUCCGAAAGAUGCGUUGAAAGCGUUGCUGAACCUUCAAGCACCGUCUGCACAAUGUCCGCAGCCCGAAGUACAGUUUGUAGAACGACAGAUCGUUUCCCACGAGACACGCCCAAAGUAUUGGGUGUUUGGAAGAAACCCUGCCGGCGGUCACCUGUUGCAUGUGCACAAUGUACUGCAACGGCUCGGUGUGGAUCAAACCAGCAACGACACAACUGACUGGGAUCUACUUUGGGCACAUGAUUAUCCAUUCCGCAAGGUAAAUCUGCAGCGUAUGAAACGCCACCAGCUAGUAAACCAUUUUCCAGGUUCUGGUUACAUUACAAACAAAGUGGAUCUUUCCAUCACGAAGCUGGAGUAUAUUCCUGCCGCAUUCAAGCUACCAGCCGAAUCGACCCGAUUCCGAGAGUACGCUGCAGCAAAUCCGGAUAAAAAGUUUGUUCAGAAAAACAAUCAACAUCGGCACAUACAGAUUAAGGGCAUCGAUGAAAUCGAUUUCAGUAGUAACGAUACGUUCAUUCAGGAGUUUAUCGACGAUCCGCUGCUAGUAGAUGGGUACAAAUUUGACAUCGGAGUGUACACGGUGAUAACGUCGAUCGAUCCGCUGCGUGUGUACGUAUACAAGGGAGAUAUACUGUUCCGAUACUGUCCCGUGCCCUACUACCCGUUCAAUGCAUCCGACGUGGACAAGUACAUCGUGGGAGAUGAUUAUUUGCCAACGUGGGAAGUGCCAUCCUUGAAGCAAUACUACACAAAGUACGGCUUUGGAAUGAAAGAUUCCUUUGAUGGCUACGUAAGAAGUAUGGGGCGUGAUCCCAGCACAAUCUGGGUGCAGGUGGAAGAUGCUAUACGGCUAUUAAUCCUGAAGAAAGAGUCCUUACUAGUGGGUCUACUAUCGCGUUACGCGCACAAGCGAAACUUUUUCGAAAUGAUGCGCUUCGAUCUGGUGGUGGAUAAUAAGCUAAAGGUGUACCUAAUGGAAGCGAACAUGAGUCCAAAUCUUUCCUCGGCUCACUUCAAACCGAACCGGUUGCUAUACGAGCAGGUGAUCUACAACCUGUUCCAGCUGGUCGGUGUUGGAUCGAGCAUUCGGCGUGAUUCGUUUCACAAACAGCCACCAGACACGGAAGCAAUGCUGACAUCGCUCAAAAACCUUGCAACCGCUGCGAACCAAUGCUCGGAACUACCCUGUACGGAAUCUUGCGCUCCAGUUGAAUGUCAACUGUGUAGUACGUGUCUGGAGGAAAACGAUCUGGAUGAUCUGCAACGUGCGUACCGUGAGCACAUGAAUCGUGGUGAUAUGAAACGGAUUUUUCCCGUGCCAAAAAAUGAUCAAGCGCGGGUCAUUUACGAGCUCCUAUCGGCAAAGAAUCAGUUUAUGUCGAAAUGGUUCGAGGAAAAGUGUAAAACCGACCAAUCUUACUGCUAGAUU